GCGUCUCGGGGCGGUAUGGGUGUGACACCCGUUCGCAUCGCCCACCUACAUGGAACUCCAUCGACACCCGGGACCGAUCACCGAUUCGAUAUAAGCCCUGGCAAGUGUCGAACAGUUAGCACUGUUUUUUCCGGAGCGAUCUCUUCGCAAGGCGAGGCCAGGACCAUCAAAGAAGGACGCCUUCCAAAGAUCACCAAGAUGGCGCCCAAGCCGAAGGCAUUCCGAGGCGCCCUCGUGCCCAUCUUCUGCUGCCUUCUUUCGAUGCUUAACUGUGCCCAGGGAAUUGAUUACGCUCUCCUCCGAAGAGACAUUCUACCAGCGAAUGCCUCAUCCCUCAGUGCUCGUGCAGAAUUUCACGUGCAGCAACAAUUGCAAGAAGAAGACCUGAACAAAGAAGUGGAAAGUCUUCAAGAAGCGACGAUAUACCUUCUAAGGUAUGGCCAAGAAUUACGGAAAACGAUCCUGAAGAGUUUCGGGCACCUAGCCUACGAAACGUACGAGAAUUACGGAGUAGGUCAGCUAGAAGAGAUCUUCAGGAUCUACCAAGAAACGUUCCAGCGACAAUACAACAUCUUCAGCAUAAUUCCAGGGAUCAGAAAAGACGGGGACGUGCAGCCCUCGAGAAUCUGCGAGUACAUGCACGAGUACCUGAAGACAUACCCAGAAGAAACGAUCACCCUUUGCAUCGGCAUCAGCAACACUCCAGAAUUAUUUCGAUACGAAGACGAGUCGAAGAAUUACACAAACGAGGUCCUAAGUUUCCUAGAAGAGCACUAUCCCGAAGGAUUCUCCCUGAGAUCUAUCCUGAAGAGACUCCAAGAUGGCGACUUGUUGUUCACCCACCAGCUAGUCGUGGAGCUCCUAAACCACAUCCAGUACGACAGCUACAACAAUGAGGUGUUAUCAGCGGAGAAAAGCCUCUAUCAACGCGUCAACUGGGACCGCGAUUGGGAGAAAAGGAACCUCACCUUGAUAGAAGCCAAAGAGAUCACGCAAUACCGUUCCAUCAGCGCUCUGUUGAAGGAUUACCUGUUGAACUACACGACGGAAUUCCCGAAGAACAUCAGAGCCGGCUCCAGGGUGCUGGCGAAACACCUGGUGCGAAAACUCAGCUCCAUCAGCCCGAACAUCGAGAACUUCGGCACCAUCUUUGAGAACGAAACCGUCGGGUUCAAGUACCUGUUCGAUUUGGUGAUACCUGUCGAUUUGGUGUGUCAGGACAUCAGCGACGCCAAGGAUUACCUGGUGCACCUGAUUUACAGUCUAAAUAUUCACAUUAAGUGUUUGUUGAUAGACAGGUACCGACACAGUAGUCCCGAUCAGCUGUUGUUGAACAUCCUGGAGCAGAUCCGGUCCAUCCCUUUUGCCGUGGACAUUGUUACCGCUCUUCAGGUGCAUGCAGAGUUCUGGCACAGGAGUCGGAUGGUGGAGAAUGUUAACGAAUUGUUGCAAUUGUUGGACUCUUACGAGAACCUGAGGGGGUUGGAAGAGUUCCAGGACGUCAUUUUUAUCAAGGACGCCCUGAAAGAGAGGUUGUGGGACACGAAAAACGUCACCGUUCAAUUGUCUUGCACAAGACCCAGGGAAUGCCUUCGCAGGGGGUUGCUCAUCAUCAGCAGGUGUCCUUAUAUCAGCGCCGAUGUCAAGGUGUUGAUCAAUCAGUUCUUGAUUGAGGUUGAUAAUGAGAAGUUGUGUGGAAGGUGCAGUGCUAGAGAAUGCAACUGCGGUUUGAACAUUGAUACUUGUCCGGUUUGUCCGGACAUUAUUCCGGAAACGACGGUUGUUCGCGAUGAAACUGAAACUACGGCAAGUUUGGAUGUCACCACUGGAGAGGAACCUACCCCUUCGAUUGAUAUCGACGGACUCCGACAAUCUACGACUCCGACUGUUAUCUGUGAAGGUGAUAAUUGCUUGGAACCGAACUUAAACAUAUCUGAUUGUGUCGAACCGUUCUGCAAGAAGCCGCGAUGUGAGAGUUCAGAUUGCCUAUGCAAAGGUCCAGAUUGUCCACCUUUACCGCUUCCUUCGUGCGUAGGUCCAGAUUGUUCAUGUGAAGGUCCAGAUUGUCCACCUUUGCCGCCUCUUCCAUGCAUAGGACCAGAUUGUUCAUGUGAAGGUCCUGAUUGUUCGUGUGAAGGUCCAGAUUGUUCACCUUUACCACCUCUUCCAUGCAUAGGUCCAGAUUGUUCAUGUGAAGGUCCAGAUUGUCCACCUUUGCCGCCCCUUCCAUGCAUAGGACCAGAUUGUUCAUGUGAAGAUUCAGAUUGUUCACCUGAAACGCCUCUUCCGUGCAUGGGUCCAGAUUGUUCAUGCGAAGGUCCAGACUGCCCACCCUCACCACCUCCUUGCAUAGGUCCAGAUUGUACUUGUGAAGGUGACGAAUGUUCUCUGCCCUGUAUCGGCCCAGAUUGUUCCUGCAGCGAAGGGGAUUGUUCGAGACCCGAUCCCGAAUCUUGCGAAGGUUCAGAUUGCUCCUGCGAAGACGGAAACUGUUCACCGGAAAUACCUCCGCCGAUUCCUGAGGAACCAUGCGUCGGUAUCUACUGCAACUUGCCUCUUCCAAAUGCUCCUAAUUGCGACCUCUUCGGUUGCAAUCACACGGAGUGUAAUGGAUCUUCCUGCGUGGAUCAUCCCAUCCCCACCUCUUCCGAAGAGGAUUGCAUCGGAGACGAUUGCGAGGAUUCCUCGUCCAGCUGCAGCGGGUCCAGCUGCGGCCGUGCGAUCCCGGAUAGUCCAGAAGAUCCAGAUUGUUCUAACUCGAGCUGUGAUAACGAUAACAUCACUCCCCCAAAAAGUUCAGGAAGUUCAGAGUGUUCCAGCUGGGACUGCGACAAUUGUGGCAGCUCUGGAUGCGACAGUUCUCCAGAUCCCGACGAAUCUAACUGCUCCAACUCCGAUUGCACCCCAGACGACUCAGAGGUACUGUGAGCAAAA